UCGACUUUCGACGACCUGAAGACUAACUUCAAGGCUCGUAUACUUCACUACUUCCACUCUUUUUUUACCAAUUCUCUAGCAUUUGCUUUUCGUCACUCCUUACUUCUUCCCAAGUUCAAUGCCCGUGCCCACCAUUAUUUGCUCUUCACAAUCAUCAACCCUGUCUUGCCAAACAUCGAUUCAACAUGACGAGCACUUACUCUACACCUCACGGCGCGUCGCCAUUCGUUAUCCGCCCUGAAGUCGUUGAUAUCAUUAACGAUUCACGUGGCUUCCAAAUUCUGCGCUCGUAUCUCGCUGGUACACAGGAUCACAUCCUCUGCGAAGAACACUUCGAAUGUUCCGAAGAAACGUACGAGGAAUGGAUCCUUCACCGCGAUAUCAUUCAUGCUGUAGUCAUGCCGGUUGUACAACUCUUCAAUCGUGCCGCAGAUCUAGCGCAAGCCGCUCUCUGCUCUACCACACCCGAUGACUGGGAGUUGGCCUUCCGUGAUGACGCACGAGAUGCUUUCCUGAGUCUGCAAUGCUUCUUGGAGGACGAAGGUGACUGGUGCCAUUCAGAAGGCUGUCCAGCAUGUGUUGUCAGCACGACGUUGUCUUCCGAUACCCAUAUUCGUUUCGUUAUCGCCGCCGUUCUCCUCUCGGAAUCCAUGCCCGUCUCUUCAGAGUCUGUCACUCUACCACAGCUAUCUUUCUUUCUAGGCGUAAUGCGCUCCGCGAUGCUUGACGAUCCACUGUGGGGAGCGUCCUUCUCCGAACACCUGUACUCGCGUGCAGAGCAAUUCAGCACUGGAAUGAGGGCGAUGAUCGAACAAUGCAAAGAGCUUGAAGCGCUGGUGUUAUCUCCAGCGAAUUCGCCGGUCCGUACGUCUCACAAGAUGGACUUUUCGAACGUCUUGCAGAAGGAUGAUGGCACCAUCAAAGUGUCACCUUCCGAACUUGCGAAACGUCAGGCCAAAUUGCGCCAGGAGGAGGAAGCCUACCUUCAAAUGUUAGCUCAUCAGUGUUGGGGUCACGUUGCUCUACCGAGGAAAUUGCGCCUCAUGAUGAAGCCCAACGCUAUCAGUCACAAGCGAAGCCUGACCUGCCCAGUUUGAGGCAUCGGCAAUGCUACGAUGACGGUCGAUAUAUGGAAGGAUAUACCUCGCCAGGAUGCCGGCACCUGGAACACCCGCCGCGACGGGAUAAUAAUGUUGGAGAAGAAAGUAACACUGGAUAUAGACACUCCUUUUGGCUCCGCUGU